UCUCAAGGUUAUUUAUUUUUAUCAUUUUAAGCACUAUCACUUCAGCAAGGAGGCCCGUACGCAGUCUUCCGGGACGGAACUUAGAUUUAGAGUCUGUAAAGAGACUGAACUGCGGAUCAAAUUUAGAGUAACUCCUUAACAAUGCGCAUGCGUCUCCACGAGGCCGCGAGGGUUUCCGGGAAGUCAGCCAAUCAUAUUUCCAAUGCAAACUCAGUGGCGGUAGUUUCAACUAGGUGAACCAGCUGCAGUUCCGGCUUCACGUUCCACUGUUUUGUGCGAAGGUAACCAAUGGGGAGCCGAACGGUGGUUGAGCUGCUGCAACUGCUAGCGUCCGAGAGAAGCGUUUGGUGGUUGUCGGCCUAAUGAGCGGACGGCAAAAAACGCUUUUCCAGACGUGGGGCUCAAGUUUUUCUCGAUCCGCUGGGGCUACGGGUUGCAACUCUGGACCUGAGCGACCUCAGAGCCCCGGCAUCUCCAGGGCAUGUUGUCCUCCAGCGGCAGAGGGUACAGAGGUUCCUCCGGAGUCGGACGAUGAUGUAUUGCUGGUUGCAGUGUACGAGGCAGAGCGGCAGCUGAGUCUAGAGAAUGGCGGUUUCUGCACCUCAGCGGGCGCCCUAUGGAUUUACCCUACUAAUUGCCCAGUGCGGGACUACCAGCUGCAUAUUGCCCGGACCUCUCUGUUCUGCAACACGCUGGUGUGUCUGCCCACUGGAUUGGGGAAGACCUUUAUUGCCGCCGUGGUCAUGUACAAUUUCUACCGCUGGUUUCCUUCCGGGAAGGUGGUCUUCAUGGCCCCAACGAAACCUUUGGUGACACAACAGAUCGAGGCUUGCUACCGAGUGAUGGGUAUCCCGCAGUCCCACAUGGCCGAAAUGACAGGAUCUACUCAAGCUUUAACCAGGAAGGAAAUGUGGCAGAGUAAGAGAGUCCUUUUUCUUACACCUCAAGUCAUGGUAAAUGAUCUUUCUCGGGGAGCUUGUCCGGCUGCUGAAAUAAAGUGUCUAGUUAUUGAUGAAGCUCAUAAAGCUCUUGGAAACUAUGCUUAUUGCCAGGUUGUAAGAGAACUAGUCAAAUACACAAUUCACUUUAGAAUCUUGGGUCUUAGUGCUACACCAGGUAGUGAUAUAAAGGCUGUUCAACAGGUUAUUACUAACCUACGAAUUGGGCAGAUAGAACUUCGUUCUGAAGAUUCUCCAGAUAUUUUGCCAUACUCUCAUGAAAGACGAGUUGAAAAGCUGGUUGUUCCCCUUGGUGAAGAACUUGUAGCCAUCCAAAAGGCAUAUAUCCAGGUUUUGGAAGCAUUUGCCAGUUCUUUGAUUCAGAGGAAUGUUUUGAUGAGAAGGGAUAUCCCUAAUCUAACAAAAUACCAGAUAAUUUUGGCAAGAGAUCAAUUUAGGAAAAACCCAUCUCCAAAUAUUGUGGGAAUACAACAAGGCAUUAUUGAGGGAGAGUUUGCUAUUUGUAUUAGUUUAUAUCAUGGAUAUGAAUUAUUGCAGCAAAUGGGAAUGAGAUCAUUAUAUUGCUUUCUUUGUGGAAUUAUGGAUGGAACUAAAGGAAUGACUCGGGCAAAAAAUGAACUUAGCCGAAAUGAAGACUUCAUGAAACUCUAUAAUCAUCUAGAGUGCAUGUUUGCAUAUACACGUGGUACUUCAACAAGUGGCUUUUCUACUAUCCAAAAAGGAGAUAAAGAUAAAAAUUUUGUUUAUAGUCAUCCAAAGUUAAAGAAAUUAGAAGAAGUUGUAGUUGAACAUUUCAAGUCAUGGAAUACUCAAAACAUCUCUGAAAAGAAAUGUGGUGAGACCAGAGUUAUGAUCUUCUCUUCAUUUCGAGAUAGUGUUCAAGAAAUUGCAGAAAUGCUUUUACAGCAUCAGCCCGUUAUUAGAGUGAUGACUUUUGUUGGCCAUGCCUCAGGGAAAAGUAUGAAAGGGUUUACCCAGAAGGAGCAACUGGAGGUUGUGAAACAGUUUCGAAGUGGUGGUUAUAAUACAUUGGUUUCUACUUGUGUUGGUGAGGAAGGUUUGGAUAUAGGCGAAGUUGAUCUUAUAAUAUGUUUUGAUGCUCAGAAGAGCCCGAUUCGUCUUAUACAACGAAUGGGUAGAACUGGCCGCAAACGUCAAGGCAGAAUUGUUGUUAUCCUUGCUGAAGGACGAGAAGAACGUACUUAUAAUCAAAGUCAGUCCAACAAAAGAAGUAUUUAUAAAGCUAUUUCAGGUAACAGGCAAGUUCUUCAUUUUUACCAAGGAAGUCCACGAAUGGUGCCUGAUGGAAUCAAUCCAGAAUUACAUAAGAUGUUCAUCACGUGUGGUGUCUAUGAACCAGAGAAGCCUUCUAGGAACUUGCAGCGGAAGUCCUCUAUCUUUUCCUAUAAGAAUGGAAUGAAGCAAAGUAAUUCAAAGAAAGAUUGGUUCCUAUCCACAGAAGAAUUUAAUUUAUGGAACAAACUUUAUAGAUUAAGAGACACUGAUGAAAUUAAGGAAAUAACAUUGCCUCAAGUUAAGUUUUUAUCUUUAGAAAAUGAGGAAGACAGACCAACUCAAGAACCAACCAUUGGAAUUCGUCAACUCUCUCUAUCUGAAUGGAGAGUGUGGCAGGAUCAUCCUCUUCCUACGUAUCAAGUGGACCAUUCUGAUCGUUGCCACCAUUUUAUAAGCAUUAUGCAAAUGAUAGAAGGAAUGAGACAUGAAGAGGGAAAAUGCAGCUAUGAAUCGGAAAUUAAAUCUUACUUACAAAUGGAAGACGUUAGCUCAACAUUUAGUGCUCCCAAGAAUGAAUAUAAUCCUCAUGCCAGUGGCAUCUUUACUAGUAACAAGAAAUCUUCAUUUUCAAGGAAUAUAAAUCAAGGCAUUUCAUUCUCAAUGGCAGAAUCUGAUGAAGAAUGUGCUGAAAGUUUUAAACAAACUCAUAUCAAACCUAUUAAAAUUGCUUCUUUAAAGAAAAAAUCUUCUAAGGAAUUAAAAAAAGAUCAGCCUAAAAAAGAAGAUAAUGAUGUUGUUAUGGAUUCCUUAGAUACUGAUGGUGGUACUACUGUUGAAAAUAUUUUUCAGGUAGACCUGCCAAAUGAUAAAAGGGACUCAGAUACAGAUGAAGUUGCUGCUGCCGUAUGUGCUGUCGAUGAAAAUGUUGUUCAUCAGCCAAAUGGAUUGAUACAUUGUCAGUCUACAAAUAAAUCUAGUUCAUUUGGUAGAAAUUUUUUAGAUUCUGGUUAUAACAGUUUCACUGAUGAGAAAUAUGUUUUAUCUAGCUUAUUUCUUCCAUUUGAGGAAGAACUUUGUAUAGCUAGAAUAGAUGACCGAUUUUAUAAUUGUCAUUCUUUAACAAAAGAGGUGUUAGUUAAUGUAGAGAGAUUUUUAUCUCAUUCUCCUCCACCUCUCAGUGGACUCUCAAAUUUGGAAUAUGAAAUUACUAAGAGUUCUGAACUUGAAAAUUUGCCUUCCCUACCCUGCACUGAAUAUUUACAAAAUGAUAAAUCUACCUGUUUGAUGUCAUUUUCUUCUAGAAAAAGUUGCUUUUAUAGUGCAGCUAAUGAUAAAGUUUCUGAUGAGCAAAUCUUCUAUGACUAUGUUGAUAAAGUACAUAAAGAUAAUAUAAAUGAAAAUUUAGUAUCCCGCAGUCAUAUUCAAAUAAACAUAGGCCCUCCAAAGUAUUUAGUUGAAAAAAAAAAUUAUGAUAGGGAUAGCAGUGGCCUCCCAAUACGGCUCACUGAUCAGGAUGAGAGUUUACCACUUUUCAAAGAUGUUGAUACAGAGUUUAAUGAUGUGAACCUUUCUCCCUCAAACAAUAAAUAUAAAUCUUUUUGUGUGUCGGACAAAACUGUUUUAAGUGAAAUGGCGCUGGUCUCUCAGUUCUUAAUUUCUGAUGAACUUUUGUUAGAUAACAAUUCUGAACCUCAAGAUCAAAUUAUCCAUGAUUCUAAUAGUUGGAAAUCUCAUCAAGAUUUGAGAGGCAUGCAUGAGGAAAAACUGAAGAGUGAUGAAUAUGUUUUUGACUGCUCUAAGGAUUUAUUCUCUGUUACUUUUGAUUUAGGAUUUUGUAGUCCAGAGUCUGAUGAUGAAAUAUUAGAACAUGCAUCAGAUACAAAUAAUAAGUUUUUAGAUCUAUCUAGAAGGUGUUUAGAUAUUAAGGAGAUAAGAGAUGCAAAUUAUAUUUCAAAUCAAGCAGUAAUACCACGAAAUCAUGUUGCUAGUUCUACGAGUGGAACCAUUACUGUCCCAUCAAGUGAAGAUAAGUGGAGUACAACUUUUGCAUGUUUUCCACUGAGUGCUGCAAAAGAUAAAGAUUUGAUGUCUCCUGGUUAUUCUCAAUUUUCUUUGCCAGUAGGAGAAAAAGUUAUGAGUACACCACUUUCUGAAUCAAUCACACUGAACUCAUUUUCUAAGAAGAGAAAGGAAAUGCCUAGGACACCAGAUUCUAAUAAGGGAAAAGUAGAUUUACAAAGUUUCAAAGAAACAUUGAAUUCAACUUUUGAUGAUUCAGGACUUUCUGUAGAUAAGGCUAAAAGCAGGGAACAAAUCCGUCUUCAUCAAUCCUGUCAUCUUGCUGCAGAUGAACAAUUAACAAGCAAUGAAAGUGAAGAUGAGAUUUUCCGAAGAAAAAGUAAAAAAACCAUAGGAAAUGUUUUAGAAUCCCCUGAGGAUGAGAAAAAUAGUGAAGUUGAUUCCCCACUUCAUGCUCUGAAAAAGCGCAGAGCUCCUCUAAACAAAUUAGAAUUAUCAUCUAGUGAUGAGAGUGACAGCUUUCACGAACAAAAUCCACAAUUAGAAGACUUCAAGAGUCAUAACAGGAAUGCAAAAAGACGCAUCAAAGUCCAAAAGAAACAGAGUCACCUUAAGCUUGCAGCUAGAAAGUUUUUAGAUGAUGAAGCAGAUCUUUCCCAACGAGAGGCAGAGUUUGUUUCAUCAGAUGAAAAUGAUCAGUCAGAAAAUGAACAAGACUCCUCAUUACUUGACUUCCUAAAUGAUGAAACUCAACUUUCACAAGAUAUAAAUGAUUCUGAAAUGAGAGCUGUUUACAUGAAGUCUUUGCGUAGUCCACUGAUAAACAAUCGGUAUAAAAUGGUCCGUAAGAAACAUAACAACAUAAAUAUUUUCUCACAGAUUCCUGAGCAAGAUGAAACCUAUUUAGAAGACAGUUUUUGUGUUGAUGAAGAUGAAUCUUACAAAAGUCAAUCGAGUGAAGAAGAAGUGUGCGUUGAUUUUAACAUAAUAACUGAGGAUUGCCUUGCAAGUGGGAGUAAAAAAUAUAGAACCCGACAUGCAGUAAAGCUAAAACAAAUAGAGAUGAGACAAAAUUGUGCACAUUCAAAAAAGAAAUUAUCCAGAAUUAUUUUACCAGGUGACUCAAGUGAGGAGGAAAACAAUGUAAAUGAAAAAAGAGAAUCCAGUCUUGUGGUUAACCCAGCCACUGUUCAUAAGAGCAAACAGCAGGACCAUUGUUCGAAUAGAGUGCCUUUUGGGUCUUUAUUGCAGUCCAAGGACCAUUCUGAUCCAGUUGUUAAUCAGUCACCAAAGCAGAGAGGACAGACACCAGUCACUUUAAAGGAUGCGGUUUCUGAUAUCUCGGAUUUCAAACCUCAGAGCUGUAAUAAAACUGAACCUACUUUACCAUCAUUCCCUACUGUUGAUUCACAGAAGGACUGUAGAAAAUUUCCAAUUCAUUUGAAGGUUGGUAGUGCCCUGGAGGAUUCUAGCACUUCAAUGGCAUACUGUUCCAACUCAAGACCACAUUUAGCUGGCACACAUACAUCUCUGAGACUUCCACAGGAAGGCCAAAGAACUUGUAUUCUUGUAGAUAGUUGUGAAGUCACUUCUGGUUCAGAAGUAAUUUCUUCCCUAAGAGCAGUUCAUGGCUUACAUGUAGAAGUUUGUCCUCUUAAUGGCUGUGAUUACAUUGUGAGUAACCGCAUGGUGGUAGAAAGGAGGUCUCAAUCUGAGAUGUUAAAUAGUAUCAAUAAGAACAAGCUCAUUGACCAGAUCCAAUACCUACAAAGCAUGUUUGAAAGAAUAUGUGUGAUUGUGGAAAAGGACAGAGAAAAAACAGGAGACACAUCCAGGAUGUUUAGGAGAACAAAGAGCUACGACAACUUGUUGACUACGUUAAUUGCUGCUGGAAUCCGAGUUCUUUUCAGUUCCUGCCAAGAAGAAACUGCAGAUUUGCUAAAGGAACUGUCUUCAGUAGAACAAAGAAAGAAUGUUGGUAUUCAUGUUCCAACAGUGGUAAACAGAAAUAAACGUGAGGCACUUCAGUUUUAUUUAAGUAUUCCCAAUGUAAGUUAUGUAACUGCAUUAAAUAUGUGUCACCGGUUUUCUUCUGUGAGAAAGAUGACUAACAGCUCACCUCAAGAAAUCUCCACAUAUGCACAAGUAACUCACCAGAAGGCUGAGGAGAUCUGUAGAUACCUUCACUAUGUAUUUGACAUGCAAAUGUUACCAAAUGGCCUUAACCAAGGGAGACUACAAUCUGAUGAAUAAUGAUACUGUUCAAGGUGCGGUUAUGAAAGUACGUUCAUAAUACUAAAUGCAUUGCAGUAAUGAUUGUUGUAGUUUGAUAAGUUUAAAAUAUGUAAAAUAAUAUUUCCAUUAUCUAUUAUAUAUGGUGUACAUUUUUAUUUAUAUAGAUUAUAAAUUAUUUUAAAAGCUUUGUCAGUAUAAGGAAGAAAGGGGCUUCUUUCUGGUUCCAAUGUGGUGUUUUGCUGCUGCUUACUCCUGCUACAUGGGGUUAGCAUUGCAUGUGGGUGGGGACACUUGGUGGAACUCUGCUGUACCUCAGCAAUCUGACAUUGACGUGGGCAGAUGACCACCUUGCAGCAUCUCCCAUGCAGACACCAAUGUGCUCAAAUUCUUUUUGUCCACCUGGCAGACAGAAUAUAAGUAUUCAUGUUGUAAGGGGACAUAAGCUAGAGGAUUUCAUUUACUUGUGCUUGCUGUGUACAGAGCUUCAUCCAUAUUUAAACUGCAAUAGCCUUCUUCAUACUCUUAUUGGUAGCACUGAACUUUCAGCCCUGUUGAUUAUUAAUCCAUCAUCUUUGAGCCCACUUUUAAGUCUCCUUUGGAGGUUACUUUAAGUCUUCCUAGUGUAUCUUAUGACCUGAUGGGGGACUAAGCAGGUACCUGGCAGGUGGGAUACAAUAAAACAGACUAGGAAGGACACUGAA